UAUUUGCACUUCAUUUAGUUGUUUUUCUGGGGUUUUAUCUUGUUCCUUCAUCUGGUUCAUAGCCCUCUGCCUUUUCAUCUUGUCUGUCUUUCUGUGAAUGUGGUUUUUGUUCCACAGGCUACAGGAUUGUAGUUCUUCUUGCUUCUGCUGGCUGCCCUCUGGUGGAUGCACUAUCUGAGAGGCUUGUGCACGUUUCCUGAUGGGAGGGACUGGUGGUGGGUAGAGCUGGUUGUUGCUCUGGUGGGCAGAGCUCAGUAAAACUUUAAUCCGCUUGUCUGUUGAUGGGUGGGGCUGGGUCCCCUCCCUGUUGGUUGUUUGGCCUGAGGUGACCCAACGCUGGAGCCUACCCAGGCUCUUUGGUGGGGCUAAUGGCGGACUCUGGGAGCGCUCACGCCAAGGAGUACUUCCCAGAACUUCUGCUGCCAGUGUCCUUGUCCUCACGGUGAGACAGAGCCACCCCCCUCCUCUGCAGGAGACCCUCCAACACUAGCAGUGUCUUCCUGUCGAUGAUUGUCCAGCAGUUAGUUGUGAUUCCAGUGUUCUCGCAAGAGGGCGUGGAUUUCUGCAUUUUAACUGUUCCCUGUUCAGAAGGAGGCAAGCAGUGGCCCUGUUCCAUCAAGGCAAGCCAAGGGACCAGUUUUGGCAAAUAAGUUAUAUCUCUUACAUGCAUGUGAUCAAGAUAUUACAACUGAAAGCAAAUACUGAUAGAGGAGAAGUAUUCCAAACAGUGAUGUCAGAAAGACAUGAAAGGAAUGAAAUGAAACAUUUUUACCUCAGCGAUGUUCAAGAAAAUAUGUAUGACUUAGUGUCUCAGAAGAGAGAUGAGGAAAGUAAUUACAAACAAAUACCUAUAACCCAUAACGAAAAUCUCACUGAGAAGGGAGAUCAAUAUGUUAGAAGUGUUGCAGGAAUCAAGCCUAUUGAAAAUAGGCUGGCAUUAAGCUUUUGGGUUGAACUGCAUAUAUUUAAAAGUGAAGAGAAGAUUGAUGAAUUUAUUCAAGUGGACAAAGAUAUCAGGAGUAGUGCCUCAUUUUCACCACUUGAAGGAACUUCUUCUAGUGUGCAAACCAACAUUUCUAAUACAUAUGCGAGUGGUUUUAUGCAUCCUUCAGUAGUGACACAAGAACAGGAAGCACACAGGGAAAGAUCUUACACAUGUGAUCUGUGUGGCAAAACCUUCCUUCAGGGAUCGUACCUCAAAAGACAUCAGAUCUUCCAUACAGGAGGGAAAGUACAUAAAUGUGAUGUAUGUGAAAAAGUCUUUACUCACAAUUCAUACCUUGCAAGUCAUCAGAGAACUCAUACUGGAGAGGAACCUUACAAAUGUAAUGUGUGUGGGAAAAUCUUUCCUUACAGCUCAGAACUUGAAAGACAUCAGUUUCUCCAUACAGAAGAGAAAUUACAUAAAUGUGAUGUAUGUGAAAAUGUCUUUAUUCGAAAUUCAUUCCUUGUAAGAUAUCAGAGAAAUCAUAAUGGGGAGAAACCUUAUAAAUGUAAUGAGUGUGGCAAAUUCUUUAAUCAAAAGGCAUACCUUACAAAGCAUCAGAGAGUUCAUAAUGAAGAGAAGUCUUACAAAUGUAAUGUGUGUAGCAGGGUCUUCAAUCGAAAUUCAAAUCUUGAAAGUCAUCGGAGAAUUCAUACUGGAGAGAAACCUUACAAAUGUAAUGACUGUGGCAGGUUCUUUUCUCAAAAGCCAAACCUUGGAAAGCAUCAGAGAGUUCAUACUGGAGAGAAGCCUUACAAAUGUAAUGAGUGUGGGAAAAUAUUUCAUUACAGCUCAAAACCUGGCAGACAUCAAUUUCUCCAUACAGAAGAGAAAUUACAUAAAUGUGAUGUGUGUGAAAAUGUCUUUCCUCAAAAUUCAUUACUUGCAAGAUAUCAGAGAAAUCAUACUGGGGAGAAACCUUAUAAAUGUAUUGAGUGUGGUAAGUUUUUUAGUCGAAAAGCACACCUUAAAAGUCAUAAGGGAACUCAUACUGGAGAGAAACCUUACAAAUGUAUUAAGUGUGGCAAGCUCUUUAGUCGAAAAAGUAACCUAACAAGACAUCAGAGAAUUCAUACGGGAGAGAAACCUUACAAGUGUAUUGGGUGUGGUAAGUUCUUUAGUCGAAAAGCACACCUUAUAAGACACCAGACAAUUCAUACUGGAGAGAAUCCUUACAAAUGUAAUGAGUGUGCCAAGGUCUUUAGUGAAAAAUCACACCUUGUAAGUCAUCAAAAAGUUCAUACCGAGAGAACUGAUACAAAUGUAAUGAGUUUGGCAAAACCUUUUAUCACAUCUCAGCCCUCACUCAACACCUGAGAAUCCAUACAGGACAGAAAUUAUAUUGGGCUGCCCAGAAGGUUCAGUUUUUUCCGUAAGAUGGCUCUAGGAGCACUUAGUCAUCUUUAACUUCAUUCAAACAAUUUUGUUAGAUUUUAUGUGACAGCUGCGAUAUCAGCGUGCAUUUUAAAAAAAGACAUCAAAAUUGGUGAAUUUUUGUGUAGCCAUUUUAAUAUUGAAGAUGGAAGGAAAAAAGCAACAUUUUCAGCAUAUUACUCUUCAUUAUUUCAAGAAAGGUAAAAACGCACCCGAAACGCAAAAAAAGAUUUGUGCAGUGUAUGGAGAAGGUGCUGUGACUGAUCGAACGUGUCAAAAGUAGUUUGCGAAAUUUCAUGCUGGAGAUUCCUCACUGGGUGAUGCUCCACAGUCAGGUAGACCAUUUGAAGUUGAUAGCAAUCAAAUUGAGACAUUAAUUGAGAACAAUCAACGGUAUACCACGUGGGAGAUAGCCGACAUACUCAAAAUAUCCAAAUCAAGUGUUGAAAAUCAUUUGCACUAGCUUGGUUAUGUGAAUUUCUUUGAUGCUUGGGUUCCACAUAAGUUAAGUGAAAAAAAAAACCUUCUUGACCGUAUAUCUGCAUGCGAUUCUCUACUUAAACAUAAUAAAAAGUUCUGUUCUUAAAACAAAUUGUGAUGGGUGAUGAAAAGUGGAUACUGUACAAUCAUGUGGAAUGGAAGUGAUCAUGGAGCAUGUGAAGUGCACCACGACCAACCACACGGACGGCUAGUCUUCAUGCAAAGGUGAUGUUGCGUCUACAGUGGGAUUGGAAGUCCUCUAUUUUGAGCUCGUUCCAGAAAACCAAACGAUUAAUUCCAACAAGUACUGCUCCCAGUUAGACCAAUUGAAAGCAGCACUCCAUGAAUAGCAUCCAGAAUUAGUCGACAGAAAACGCAUAAUCUUCCAUCAGGAUAACGCAAGACCACAUGUUUCUUUGAUGACCAGGCAAAAACUGCUACAGCUUGGCUGGGAAGUUCUAAUUCAUCCGCCAUAUUCACCAGACAUUGCACCUGUGGAUUUCUGUUUAUUUCGGUCCUUACAAAAUUCUCUUAAUGGAAAAAAUUUCAAUUCCCUGGAAGACUGUAAAAGGCACCUGGCACAGUUCUUUGCUCAAAAAGAUGAAAAGCUUUGGGAAGUUGGAAUUAUGAAGUUUCCUGAAAAAUGGCAGAAGGUAGUGGAACAAAAGGGUGAAUAUGUUGUUUAAUAAAG